AUGUUUCCGAGUGCCGCGAAGACGUUCUAUUAUGCCGAUCUGAUGGCGAACUAUCUGCUCUUCUACUGCGGCAGCCUGGCUAUUAGCUUGAGCAUCGGCGGGUUCAUGCUUCAGCCGCCCUUGGCAGCAAAGCGUCUCUCCUAUCCCUACUAUCACUUCACGGGCAUUUGGCUGGGCUCUUUUGUCAUCCUCCUCAGCGCUCUGGUACCGAUGGGCCGCCACGGAGUGAGCUAUCUACGAUUCAUUUUCAUCAUCGGACUCUUCGUCAACGUCAUCCUCUCGGCCGCCAUUGGCAUGCUGUUGGACGAGCUGAUCGUCUGGUUCGAGAUGCCCAUUGUCACGUUGAUGGGAUCCGACAAUGAGUUUUCAGCUGAAGACAUCAGCGUGGCUCAGUCGUUUGGACGCUUCUUCAACAUGCAACAGUUGCGCGCCAAGUCGAUGUUUACACUCGCCAUGAUCAUAACUUGCCUCAUCUACUAUCGACUGGUCGCGUUCGGUGUGGUCAUCUACGAUGAUAUCAGCAUGAUGACGCAACAGGUCAUCAAGCCGGAAGAGGAGAAGGCCUAUCAGGACCUGUUGGACCAAUAUAACCAGAGCGUGGAGGAAGGAUUGUUUGCGGGAAUGUCGCCGACAUUCGAUGAGAUUAAGUCUUCCGGUGUGCAUACACUUGCACACGCAGACAAACGGACACAAACAUGCUGUCGGACUAUUGGGGAGGACAGCUCUUUUGAAGAGCGGCACAAAAUAGUCCAAAUUCAGGCCGGUACAGUGGAGCUAAUGAACCGGAAAUUGAAAGAUCUCUUUCUUCUUCGGUGGUAUGGCAGACGCGCUGCGCUCUUGACAACUGGCCUGGUCAGAAGACUUCUUCAUGUGAUUCCAACAGGCAAAGUCUGCAUUCAAGAAAGUUAA